ACUUUUGUUUUGUUGAACAGGCUUGAGGACUUAUCGGUGGAGAGGGGCGUCUCCCGACCACAUGUUAAAACUAGUUUAGUAGUUUUUUCUUCUUUUUGUAACAAAAAGCAACAACGAAAAUUUACCCGAAAUUUCGUUUUUCGGUAAAAAACGAACAAAGGCGCCGUUUUCUCGUUUCUGCUUAUUUCAUUUGAAGUUGAAAAACAAACUAUCAAAAAGUACACGACCUACGUUUCGCGCAGGCAUAUUCAUAUUGAGAGGCGUAGAUUACUGCACUUCUCGCUGUCACAAUGGCAUUGAAGCUCGGAGAGAGCGUGAAAUAUUGGAUCGCAGUCCUUGUGCCUCGGCUGCUUUUGGCACUUUUUAGGUUGCUCUCACCCGGGAGAUCAGGCGGAUCUAAACGUCUCGCUCCCAUAGAAAACCCACUUCUUACACUGUCUGCAAUGCAGCUGGCUCAGAAGAUACGUAGAAGAGAGGUAACAAGUGUGGAGGUUGUCCAGGCUUACAUUGACAGGAUACAGGAAGUAAACCCACUGCUCAAUGCUGUUGUCAAAGACAGGUUCUCAUCAGCACUAUUGGAGGCCGCUCAGGUAGAUAAAAAAAUAAAGGAGAACAAUGAAGGAGAAGAAGUUCUGAAGGAUCGAUUUCCUCUGCUGGGUGUCCCACUAUCUGUUAAAGAGUCUUUCUCUCUUGAGGGUAUGCCCAAUGCUACCGGCUUGAUAUCCAGGGCUAAAUUCAUUUCCAGUGUGGAUGGUCCAGUUGUGGGCUUGUUGAAGAGAGCCGGAGCUAUUCCUUUAGGUGUCACCAACACCAGUGAGCUCUGCAUGUGGCUGGAGUCCAACAACCACCUGUAUGGGAUCACCAACAACCCUUAUGAUCUAGAGAGGACAUGUGGAGGAAGUUCAGGUGGUGAGGGUAGUAUCAUAGGUGGCGGUGCAGCUGUUAUAGGCAUUGGCUCUGAUAUCGGAGGAAGUAUCCGUAUACCGUGUUUUUUCAAUGGGAUUUUUGGCCACAAAACAACAAGAGGUGUGGUGUCAAAUGAAGGUCAGUUUCCCCAAAUUUCCGGUGUUCGCGAUGACUAUCUGAGCACCGGUCCCAUAUGCCGCUAUGCUGAAGAUCUCCUCCCCCUUUUGAAGAUAAUGGCUGGACCCAAUGCCGACAAACUCUCCCUCUCUGACAAGGUGGAUCUGAAAAAGUUGCGUUUCUUCACAAUUGUAGAUGAUGGAGGAUCUCACGUGACUUUGCCAGUAGAUCAGCAGCUCAUUGAAGCUCAAAAGAGGGUGGUUGCACGUUUAGAGGCUGAUCUGGGAGUUACGGUGAAAGAAGUUCGUUUUCCUCAGCUCAAGUACGCUUUUCAGAUCUGGGAUACACUUAUGGCUUUACCUGACAGAGAUGGCAAGCCUCCUCGACCUUUUGUUGAGCUUAUGGCAGAUGGGGGCUCUGUUUGGCUCAUAUGGGAGGUGAUAAAAAGCAUAUUUAGAAGAUCUGAACACACGGUGGCUGCAAUUGGAUUUGCUCUCUAUGAGAAGACUCACAGCAGCGUACCGUCUCCGUUUAUCCUGAAGCAGAAGGAAGAACUCCAGAGAGAGGUGGAUGAGCUACUGGGAACAGAUGGAGUUUUGCUCUACCCCUCUCAUCCUGUCCUCGCUCCCAAACACCAUCACCCUCUAUUCACUCCUGGAAACGUAGCUUACACAGGAAUUAUGAACAUCCUGAACCUGCCAGUGACCCAGUGUCCAUUGGGACUGAGUAAAGAGCAAUUACCCUUAGGGGUGCAGGUGGUGGCAGGGAAGUUUCAAGACCACCUGACCCUAGCUGUGGCACAGUAUCUAGAGAUGACUUUCGGAGGCUGGAGAGAUCCUGGAGUGGCGUGAGGAAAUAAUACAACUGGAGGAAUGGUUGGAUGUUGCAUGUUUUUCUCCGAUGUAAACAGAGGUUGACAGUAGGCUACUUAAGUAUUUUACUUUCUAUUAAAUGAAAUUUUUCACGUA